UUUCUUAAUUUCUAAGAUUCUUAUCUUUUCCGAGUACGGAAUGUUUUUUCUGAUUAUAAUGCAAAGAUUCAAGCAUAAGAAAUCUUUUUUAAGGGCAAGAAAUGGAGCUACUUGUUUAGUAUACUAAGUAGUGUAUUUAUUGCCAUACCUUCCCAACAGCAUUUAGCUUUUUGUGCAACCAUUAUUAACAAUGAAACCUAUUGCAUUAACACAAUCACUGUUCCCCAGUCCAGUUUAAUAAGUUAGAUGACCUUGUUUUACCUCUUAAAGUAGUGGUUCCCAACAGAGCAAUCUGCUGGGAGUGAGAGCUUUACCAUGAGCUACCUGCUUUGAUUAAAUUUGUCAGUAUUGAAGUUCACGAUUUAUAUUAGUAUUAUUGUGUUUCUAUCAAACAAAACGUAAAGAAAUUUGGUUCCAUCUGAUUGUGAUGUGCAGGUCAGAUAGUUUCUUUCUGUUGCAAAUUAAAGCUUGAGCUACUUUCUGUCGAAGAACCUAACAAUCCGCAAUAGCAAUACCAUGCAUUUCGAAGUACUCUGUAUUUCAUGUUCUUGGUUCCUUCUUUUCUGUCCCUCUUACAAAAUAUAGAACACAGAAUCUCUCACCUUUUUGUUUUCUUUUUGCCUUUUCUGAUAGAAACUAGGCAUCUCAAUCUGGUGCUUCUAUGAAAAAUUCAAGAGAAACUAUAUUAGCCGUGGACUUGAUGUGCUAUCCCUUUGUUUUAGAGCGUAUUUUUACUGUAAUGUUCACUUGAUAAUGGGUUUACUUUCUAGGAGUGAGUUUCUUGGCAAAGUUGUGUAAUGGAGUUGCUGGAUUUGUUCGUUACAUCAGUGAUACCAGUUAUAAAAGUACUACUGGUUAUUGCUGUUGGCUUACUCCUUGCAACAGAACGUGUUGAUCUUUUGGGGGCAGAUGCAAGGCGCCAUUUGAAUAAUCUGGUGUUUUAUGUUUUCUUUCCUGCUCUCAUCGGCUGCAGUCUUGCUGAUACCAUCACUGUUGAGAAUUUGGCUACCCUGUGGUUUAUGCCCGUAAAUAUCUUUAUCUCUUGUAUCAUUGGUUCAGCACUUGGAUGGAUACUUGUAAAGAUUACAAGAACUCCUCGACACCUACCAGGGCUUGUGUGUUCGAUGUGCACAGCAAAUGUGAGAAACAUGCUUCUUAUCAUACUUCCAGCACUCUCUGAUGAGACAAAUAAUCCAUUUGGAGAUUCAUCCACCUGUGCUGCGUAUGGAGAGGCUUAUGCUUCACUUUCUCUAGCGAUACAAGCAAUAUAUGUCUGGUCUAUUUGGUACUUUAUUAUGCGGGUGUUUGCAAACUGUGAAGUUGAAGAAAUUAAGACAAAUGACUGUACAAUCACCGUAAAGUCAUCUGGAGAAACCACAGAAAUACGCUCAGAGACUUGCACAGAACCUUUACUUUCUACAAAUGGAUGCCCUGGCGACAGCAUAUAUCAAGUUGACUUGCCUCAAAUUGGGGAUGAGGGGAAAGAGAAGAUUUCAGCUUUUGGAAAGAUGAAGCAAUGUUUUAUGGCCGUUAUUAGAAGCAAGAGCCUGAAGAUGAUUUUUGCACCAUCUACAAUUGCAGCGAUUGUUGGGUUUAUUAUCGGAAUAGUCUCUCCACUUCGAAAGGCACUGAUUGGUGAUAGUGCUCCGCUACAUGUCAUCUACAGUUCCAUAGAAUUGAUAGGAGAGGCAGGAAUCCCUUCCAUUACCCUGAUAGUGGGAGCAAAUCUUCUAAAAGGGUUGAGAGGAUCAGGAGUAGGGCCAUCUCUUAUUGUGGGCAUUAUCGUGGUAAGGACUAUUCUUUUGCCUGCAUCUGGCAUUCUUGUUGUAAAAGCUGCGAGCUAUAUAGGUGUGGUGGAGUCAGACUCAUUUUAUCAGUUCACUCUUCUGCUACAGUAUGCCAUUCCACCCUCAAUGAACAUAGGUACAAUAAGCCAGAUGCUAGGAAGCGGUGAGAGUGAAUUCUCUGUACUUAUGCUUUGGAAUUAUGUGGUGGCGGCAUUCUCUCCCACGCUCUGGACAGCCUUCUACAUGUGGCUUGUGACUUAGAGUGCAUGGGAUCCUCUUGAUUGCAUUAUAUAUCCACAGAAGUCACAACAGUAGCGUCAGUCAGGCAUGGGGAAGCAGCAUUCUUUUUCUGGGCAGUCAUGAGAAAUUGGCUACAAGUAAUAAUUCCAAUAAGGCUUCUACCUACAUUUCUUCUCCAGGUGCGGGCUGCCUACCUAGGCCAUAGCCUGUUUCUCAGAGUGUUUGUUUUAUUGUCUGAAAUUGAUAGAACCGUUUCCUUUCAUGAUUUUUUGAAAUUAAUAAGGUUUGUUGCAGGCAAACUAAGCAAUUUUUAUUGAGAAAGUCAAAGGUU